ACAAAACACUCACAGUCGCUUGCUGGUGUUGCCUUAUGCGGCGAAACUGGUGAAACUGAAUGGAGUAGUAACGCAGUCUGUUAGAAAAUGCCCGUUUGUUCAGCUUAUAAGUGCAAGAAUCGCUCUGAUGGAUUAUAUAAAGAGGCAUACAAAAGGGGCGAUUUUUCUUUCCACACAUUCCCGUUAGCUGACGGGUUGAGAGUGAGAGAGUGGCUCCGUCGGAUGAGAUGGCAAAACUGGUGGCCAACUGGAAACUCAGUCCUGUGCUCGGAUCAUUUUGAGAAGGACUGCUUUGAACAAGUGGGCAGUCACAAACGAUUGCGCAAAAAUGCUGUCCCGACUAUCUUUAAUUUCCCAAAACAUCUGCAGUGGAAGGUACCAGCUGUCAAGAGACGAUCUCUGAAUCGUAAGACAGUUGAAGUGCCCAUCAAACCAAAACCAACUCCAGUGUCAGUACCGGCAACACCACGGCUUGAGGGGAAGUUUGUCCAUGUGCCUGUGGAUUCUGAUGGUUCCAGCCGUGGCCCUUUGCAUGCUGGCAGCUUCCAUGAUGACUACUGCAAACCACAGAGCUUUCACUGGAUGAAGCUGUCGGAGGGUGAUGACGAGGAUGAUGAUGACUCUAGUGAUCCCGGAAAUGAUGUUGCCUAUGAUGACGAUGCACCUCUUGAAACACCUGAAAAUCCAAACACUCAGUUUAUCAGGGUGACAGAGAGAUGGCAGUGGCUGAGUAUAGAUGUAACAGGGCCAUUUCAAGAAAGCAAAGGCCCCUAUAGCCACAUCGUAGUCAUCUGUGAUUAUUACACCAAGUGGAUUGAAAUCUUUCCAUCAGAAAAGCCUAAUUCUGAUUCCAUUGCCCUGCUAAUGUGCGAUGCCAUUUCCCGAUACGGUUUUCCUCUGGGGUUUCUCACACCUUGGGGGGCUAGAGGGAUUCAGGUCAGAACGGUUAACAGAGCACUCAAUAAUAUUCUGAUGAUAAAGGACAUUUCACUCGUCUCUCGGCAUCAUCAGGCUUCACAGCUUGAGCCUCACACACAAUAUCACAUUGUUAACAUGGUGGAAAAUCUAGUGAAGAAGUAUCCAGACAGUUGGCAUGUGCAUUUGCCCGUCAGCGUGCUGCGCUUCAACUGCAGUGUUCACCCAGAAACCAAACGCAGACCUCUGUCCCUUCAUCGCAGUGAGGGAACUAAACCUUAUACGUCACCCAGAGAUCAGCCACUCAGUGAAGAUGACCUUGCAAAAUACACCUUCAAAAUCCAGAAACCAAACCCUUUUAAAGAAAUCGAGGCACUGAAACGAAUAUUCCGAGAAUCAGCAGACUGCAUUGUCGUUUCAUAAAGUGAAAUCCAGUGUGCCUGUUGUAACCGGUGUGUGACUUCAGACUGAAGGUCAUGUGAGGACGAAGCUCAGUACAGACUGCAUGGGCAAAGAAUGAAAAA